UUUGGCGCGUAAUAAUGGCAGGCAGGAAUAUAAGCAGAGCUCUGGUGUUGAAAAAAACGAUUUCUGCAAAUCGAAGACGUCGUAAAAUGCUUCAAUAUGGCGUAGCAUUAUUACUUAAACAUCAAUCGAUGAUAAUUGCUUAUUGCCUCGCAGCCACACUCGCGUUUGCCCAACACAACCAAAGAAGGAUAGUUACCCGAUCAUGCAGGAGGCUCAAGAGAAACGAAGGAUGGUGGGAAUUGUUAUGGGAUAAUUAUGACGACGACCGCUUCAAGAAAACUUUUAGAGUAUCAAGGGAAACUUUUAACUUCGUCCUUGAAAGCAUCCGCCACAAGCUUGAAAGAGAUACAUUGUGCGAAGAACCAUUUCCACCUGAGCUUCGUCUUGGCCUAUGUUUAUAUCGCCUUGGGAGAGGCGAUUACUUUUAUACAAUUGCAGAAAUGGCCGGGCUUGCUCCUUGCACAGUGUCAACCAUCGUUCAUGAUGUAAAUGAAGCCAUUGUUUCCUGUUUAUGGAAGAAAUGUGUCAGUGCGCACAUGCCAGUAUCUGAAGAAGAUUUUAAUAACAAAAUGUUGGACAUGGAGGAAAUCUGGCAGUUUCUCUUCAGUUGGUGUGCAGUAGAUGGCUGCCAUAUUCCCAUUAAAUGCCCCCCUGGUGGACAAGAAUCUUCCAAAGAGUAUCAUAAUUUCAAAAACUUUUAUUCAAUUGUUCUUAUGUCUAUGGUAGAUGCUAGGUAUCGAUUUAUUUGGGGAAGCUGUGGAUUUCCAGGAAAUUCACAUGAUUCAAUAAUUUUACAGUCAACUUCUCUGUGGUCUUCAAUUAAAGAAGGAAAAGUUCUCCAAAAUUUUGCCCAGUGUGAAGAAGAUGUUCACAUUCCACCAAUAAUACUUGGCGAUUCAGCUUUUCCAUUUGGAACAUUCUUAAUGAAGCCUUACACCAAUGCUGUCCUGAGCAAAGAACAGAGAUAUUUCAACUACCGACUGAGUCGUGCCAGAAUGGUGGUUGAAGGAGCAUAUGGGCAGUUGAAGGGGCGUUGGCGAUUGUUGUUGAAAAAAUCAGAGGGAAAUCUCUAUCAGACAAAAAUGGCAACACUUUCUUGCAUGGUACUCCACAACCUCUGUAUUGAAAAGAAUGAUACUAUUCCAUCAAAGCUUGAUUUGUCUGUUGAUCCUUCAACGCAACAAAAGCGAGACAGAGCAACACUAUGCAAUGUUUUGCUAAUGAAAGCUUCUCACAAGAUUGUUGACCCAAGAAGGAAUCAAGCAGAUAAAAUCAGAACAACAAUCACUAGAAAACUGCAGAAAGAACUACAGACCCUUAAUUUCAACGAAACAUUAAGUGCUAAUUAACACUUUAUUGAUAAACCAAACAAUGAACAACUUUUUUAACAAACAAAACUACUACACCUAUGCAAUAGACUAACCAAAUUAUUAUGCCAGAUGGAUGCUAGAAAUUAUUGAUAUCUUUUUUCCCAUGUUUCUACUUCUAAACUGUUUUAUCUUAAUCAAUUCUAUUGAAGAUAAGUUGUGCCAAUAAUUUGAUCAGAAGCAUUAAACCUAUUAUUCAUUAUGCUAACCCCAGCAAAACUCACUGUUUAGGCAAUCCCGAAAUAUAAAUAUCUUAGUAAAACAGUAUUAAGACACUGCAGGUCAAAACCUAACCAAUUGAUAAAUAGAAAAGGAAAAUUAUAAAAAGAACAUUCAUAUAGUAAUAAAGAAACUGUAACUACAAGUCCAGCAUAUAGGGAGCUGAUUGUUGACAAGAUCAAAUUCAUAUAUAAGGGGCUUUAUAGCAAAAAUGUAUGUCUUGCCAAACCUGUACUGAAUAUUCCAAACUUUUAUAAAUUUUGUUGAAACUUUAUUAUGAUAUAUAAUCACUAAAGGCUUUUAAAUAUUUCUAAUUAUGUUAUUCUUGUUAAUGUUCAGAAAUGAUCAUUAUUUGUAUAUGUCUAAUGAUUUUACUAUGUUAACAUUAAAAUUGAUAAUAGGAAGAAAAGUUGUGCAUAAGUUGUUGACCCUGAAUGUUAGCAUAGUUAGCUUGCUGUGGUGGGUUUUGUGCCUUCAUCAAAAGUUGGACAAGUUUCAGUUCGUGCUGUCUGGAUUUCUCUGCUUCUUCUCUAGCAAAGGCCAAAAAAUCACUCAUUGGAUCUUUUUCAACAAGUUUAUUCAUCAUUUCCAUCAGAUCAUGGAAUUGGCCUUCUUUUCUUGUUUUUCUUCUUUUGGCUGGCACCGGCACAAAUAACUCUUGUGAGUCUGAUGAUGUAGCUGGUGAUGCACCACAAGGUAUAGGUGAUUGUGCAUCAGAUUGAGCAAUGGCAGAGGGUUCAAUUGCUUGCUCUGGUUGACAAGAUUCUCUUGUCUUUACUAAAGCAAACAAUUGGUUGAACCACGUGCCAUACCCAUGAUGAUCCUGGAAGCGUUUAAUUCCACUUCCAGUCUUUAUCAACAAAGCUGCCUUUUUGCAUUCAGCCACAGACUUCUUGAAUUUUGUCCUUAGUUGUAUAGCUGUGUAAGGGCAUUCUUCAUUUCGUAUCGAUGACUGGCUCUUUAACUCUGUUAGAACUUUUUGGUAUAUUUCCCCAUUCUUUCGAUUUCUUGUGUUUGUAAAAAUGAGUUUUUUCUUAAAGUAAUCAUCAUUUGCAAUAAUGUCUAUCAGAUUAUUCAAUAGACUUUCUGGCCAUUGUGCUUUUCUACCUGGCUUCUUCUUCCUUUUGCUUUUUUUGCCUUUGAAGAUAUUAAGCAUUUCAUCUUCAUCUCCACUUGCCAGACUCUCAUCAUCACUUUCAUAUUGAAGGGUUGCGGUAUUUAUCCUGAAGUGAAAGAAGAUAAAUUAUCAUUAAAAAAUUCUUGAUGCCAGUAUAUACUGUUAGUCUAAUUUUAUUUUUCGUGGCACUGAUAUAAACUCAUUUAUUGGUAUAAGAAUACCUUCAAUUUGUUCAGGCUUGAUAUUCUUAAGAAAUAUCCUUGUUAGGUCUUAUUAUAUUCUUAAAUUAUUGCUUGUUAUUUCAAACCUGGUAUGGUUUCAGACAGAAAUGACACUCUUAAAUGGAUUUGUCAGCUAAAUCCAAGCAAUAUCCUUACGAUUUUCUCAAAAAUUGGAUGAUCCUGAGCUUGAAUAUUCUUAUUACUCCAAAGAACUGAAGCCACGUUUCCUU